UUUCUUCACUUCAUGAUGACAGGAAGUAAAAUGCCACAGGUGGUUUGAAUAAAUGACACCCGUCACCCAACAAGGAAUGCUUUUUGUGUCGUCUCCUUCUCACGCAGCACAGUGUGUGGUGUUGGACUAUUGUUCUCUAUAAUCUGCUGUAAUCCCGCAGAAAAGUUUCCUCCAGAAUGUCAGACGCAGCCGAGCCCGUCACAUCCACAGAGACAAAGGAGGCUCCCGGUCCAGAUGUGUCCUCCUCGCCACCAUCACCGUCUCCGCCAUACCCCUACGAAGAGCAGCAACCUCCACCCUACUCUGCUGCACCGCAAAUGUACCCUGACCCUAAACUCGAAACAGCAGGCACUGAGUUCAUCGAAGAUGUGGUCCAAGAAGCCCUGGACCCAGACACAAGUCCACCUAUAACCUCAUCCGCUUUUGACGACAAGACAGUGAGAAGAGCGUUUGUUAGAAAGGUGUUCUGCAUCCUGACUAUCCAGCUGCUGUUCACCUUCAGCGUGGUGUGUGUCUUCACCUUCUCCAGUGCGGUCAAAAAGGUGGUGCAAAGACACCUGGCGGCCUACAUCAGCUCGUUCGUCCUCUUCCUCGUGGUCGCCAUCGCCCUCAUCUGCUUCAAGUCCUUAAGUCGGCGUCACCCCUGGAACAUCGUGGGACUGGUUCUGGUCACCAUAAGCUUGUCAUACAUGGUGGGAACCGUCGCCUCCUUCCACGACACCAACGCUGUUGUCAUCACUAUGGGAGCAACGCUGGCCAUUUCUCUUGCAAUCAUUAUAUUCUCUGCACAGACUCGUUACGAUUUCACCAUUUGCUAUGGCAUUCUGCUGAUUCUGCUUGUGGACUUACUCAUGUUUGGGUUCUUCUCCACCUUCUACUACUCCUACAUGGCUGAUAUCGCCUACGGAUGUCUGGGUGCUCUGCUGUAUUCACUGUUCCUGAUGAUCGACUGUCAGAUGCUGAUGGGGACGUCGAGAUACAGUCUGGAUCCAGAGGAUUACAUCAACGCCGCGCUCGUGAUCUACCUGGACAUAGUCCUCAUCUUCCUCUACCUGCUGGGGAGGAGGUGAAAACCAUAACAUCCACAUACCCAAACACACACAGACAGACACUCCAAAGUAUUUCCACAAUGAAAACGAUCUUUAUUAUUGUUACUAUUAUUAUGUUUAUGCUGAAAAAUAUAAAAUGAUUGCGUACUGUAUUUGUUGUUUUGCAUUGCAUGUCAACCCUUACAAGAAUUUAAACUACUGCAACAAAUGAAAACAUUUCAUUUCUAAGACACAUUCAAUAACAUUUAAGUAAUUAUUCAGGACAAAUGCUGAUGUCCAACUAAUAGAUCCAUAAGGCACAAAACAGGUGCAAACAGACACCAAAAUGCAAUGAAUGUUACCACAUGUAUGUGCAAUAAAAUACAGAUUAUAUUGAUGAGGACAUACACAAUAUAAAGCAACAAGGACAAAAAGUAGUGCAAAAUGUUCAGCAUAUUUUUACUGUAUCACAUGGAUCCAUCCUCAUCUUCUACCUUUACCAAAGCUUCAGCAGCCACACAGUUAAUCUGCAGUCCCACUCUAAUAAGCUAAUAUAUUUUCCACAGCCCUCAGUGACAUAUUAAAAUCGCUUGUUUUAGUCAACCAACAGUUCAAAACCCCAAAGAUAUCAGAGAAACAAAAGCAGAAAGUCCUCACACCUGAGAAGCUUUUCUGCUUUAACGUUUACACCGAUUUUCAAAACAGUUUUAGGUUUAACGGUACGGUAUCUAACUGCACAUGAAGAGUGACUUGAGUGACGUUUGCUCCCUGGUGUUAGGAGACCAAAUCCCCGUCCUGCCUCACCACAGUGAAGAGUAGUUGAACUUGAUCCGCAGCAGGUACCUCAUGCGAGUCUGGGCAGGGUUGUAAACGAUGAACUCGUUGUACAGGAGGGAGUAACUGUUAUGUUUGCCCACCCCUGUCCUCACCCCGGGCCCCAUUGGCACGGUCACACCAUCCCUGAGAGAGAGAGAGGGAGAGAGAGGGAGAGAGACAGGGAGAGAGAGAGAGAGAGAGAGAGAGAGAGAGAGAGAGAGAGAGAGAGAGAGAGAGAGAGACAGAGAGAGAGACAGAGA